GGGCUGCGGGGCCCAUGGCGGCGCGGGGCUGGCGGCGGGCGGCGGCGAUCGCUGCGGCACGGCCCGGCCCGGGACGGGCACCGGGAGUGGGUCCUGCCUCGGAACCGGCCCCAGAAGCGGCUGCCCCCGCAGCAGCAUCGGUCUACGUGCAUUGGCCCUACUGCCGCAAGCGCUGCUCCUACUGCAACUUCAACACGUACCUGGUGCCGGCGGUGGACGAGGCGGCUGUGCGCGCCUGCCUGGUGCAGGAGACACACACCCUGCUCCAGCUCAGCCAGGUGAAGAGCAUCACCUCUGUGUUCUUUGGUGGUGGCACCCCCAGCCUGGCCAGCCCUGGCACCAUCGCAGCGGUGCUGGAGGCUGUGGCAGGGGCUGCCCAUCUCCCUGCUGGUGCCGAGGUCACGCUGGAAGCCAACCCCAGCUCCACCACCACACAGCGCCUCGCUGGCUUCAAGGCAGCCGGCAUCAACCGCCUCUCCAUCGGAGUACAGUCACUGGACGAUGCUGAGCUGCGGCUGCUGGGCCGGGAGCACACGGCCACGGAGGCACAGGCGGCUGUGGAGGCAGCACGAGGCCUCUUCCCCGGCCGGACCUCCAUCGACCUGAUCUUCGGGCUGCCACGGCAGAGCCUGGGUGCUUGGACCCAGAGGCUGGAGGCAGCGCUGGGGCUCUGCGAUGACCACAUCUCCCUGUACCAGCUGACGCUGGAGCGGGGCACAGCGCUGGCAGCACAGGUGUUGGGGGGAGCCCUACCUGUGCCCCCCCAGGACCUCCUGGCUGACAUGUACCAGGCAGCGCGCACCACGCUGGUGGCUGCUGGCUUCCGGCACUACGAGGUCUCCAACUUCGCAAGGAAGGGCGCCCUCAGCACCCACAACCUCUCCUACUGGCGGGCUGAGCAGUACAUCGGUGUGGGGCCUGGGGCACACGGGCGGUUUGUACCUCGGGGCGAGGGUGGCUGCAGCCGGGAGGCUCGUGUCCAGGUGCUGGAGCCCAUCGCCUGGAUGCGGGCAGUGCAGAGCCGGGGCCACGGCACCGGGAAGCGGGUGAUGCUGAGCCCACUGGAGCAGCUGGAGGAGGUGCUCGCCCUGGGUCUGCGGACAGACGAGGGCAUCCCCCCGGAGCGCUGGGGCCGCUUCUCCCCACACCUCAGCCUGGAGGCCGUGUUCGGGGCACCGGGGCAGGCGCUGCAGCAGCAGGGAUGGAUGGUGCUGGAUGACGGCGGCCUACGGUGCACGGCGCGGGGCCUGGCGGUGCUGGACGCGCUGCUGCCCGACCUCCUCUGCCAGCUGCAGCGGGCCUGGGCCGCGGCCGCACCGGGACCUGCACCGGGCCCCGGGCGGAAGGAUCCCGGUGCCGUGAGUGGAUGCGGUCCCGCGGAAGGAUCGUAA